GUUUUCUAUGUCUGGGGGUUUUAACAUGUUUGGAUCUCCAGUGGACUUUUCCUUUAAGGAGCUUAAAACAAUUCCAGACAUUCUUUCUGUUGUGCCGAAUCCAGGCGCUCCUCGGCUAAAGCGCGACUCAGAGCAGAAGUUCCUCAGCUGGACGCUCAGACUCAACAACAACUUCAUCUCAGGCUUGUCAGGUCUGACGGACACAAUCUCUGCUCUGUUUGCUGAGCCGACACGUCUGGCCUGGCUUGACCUCUCCUUCAACAACAUAGAACACAUCGACCCAGUCCUCACUCAACUUAAAGAGUUACGUCUGUUGUAUCUCCAUGGAAAUCAUAUUUGUAAGUUGUCGGAAGUGGAUAAACUUACUGUGCUGCCGUCCCUCCAUACCAUCACUCUGCACGGCAACCCCAUAGUGACCGAGCCUGACUACAGGGCACAUUUGAUCUCCACCCUUCCUCGUGUGAAGAUGAUUGAUUUCAGUGCAGUGACCAAACAGGAACGAGAGUUGACUUCAGUUUGGCAAAAGAGCAGAAACACGCGCAAAUCCUCGAGUCAAAGCAAAGUCUACUGAACCUUCCUCCCCUGACACCAUGUUCUGUUACAGAUGGCUUGGGUUUUAUGUCUAAUGAACAUCAAUGUUUAUUUGCAAUGGUUUUAUCUACCACAGUUAAAGGAGUAGUUCACUUUUGAAAAAACUU